AUGGAUGCAUCACUUAUUGCAAAUGAAUGCAUUGAUUCCAGGAAGAGAGAGAAGAGGCCAGGCAUAAUGUGUAAGCUUGAUAUAGAAAAGGAAUCGCGUUCCGGCACAAAGUGGCUGAACUGGGUUUGGCACUGUAUCAGCACAGUCAGAUCCUCUAUUCUUAUAAAUGGCUCUCCACAAGGUUUCUUUGCUACUCAAAGGGGUCUGAGGCAAGGUGACCUAAUAUCCCCUUUCUUAUUUUUAUUGGUUAUGGAAGGGUUAAGCAAAAUGCUUCGUUUUGCUGUGAAUGAGAAUUGGCUCAAGGGCUUCAAGGUGAACAAUGGACAAAAUAACAACAUGAACAUCUCCCAUCUCUUGUAUGCAGAUAACACCGUCUGUGAUCCAGAUGUGAAACAAGUAAAGAUACUCCAGGUUGAAUUUUAA